GGAUGAAGGAUCUAAUUCCCAUCUUACUGCAAUAUGUCAAAAGCCGUCAGAAACCUGCGGGACAUGUAUUAUUUAUUGCUCACAAUGCUCGUUGCUUUGAUGCCCCCUUUUUGAUUAACGAAUUUGGACGCUGCUCCUUUGAGGUUCCCACAAAUUGGCUGUUUAUGGACACACUUCCGCUGGCACGUGAAGUAAUGAAGUCCAGGGGAUCAAAACUUGCAUCAAAAACAUCCCUGCAAGCGCUUCGGGAGCACUAUGAAAUUUCACUGGUUGGGUCAGCUCACAGAGCCAUGUCGGAUGUGAUCUCAUUGUCACUGAUUCUGCAAAGGUUGACUUUUGACCUGAAAUUACCUGUCUCCGGCCUUGUGAAAAGAUCUUUGACGGCCUCUGAUCUGAUUAAAUUAAAGAAGAAGAAUUGAGGCUAGUUUCAAGCAAUUAUUUGCCUUCUGUAAUAGCUAUUGUUGUAACAGUUCGAACUCAUUCUUUCCAAUUAAAUGUCAAGCCAUAGUUUAUUCAGUGAUCACUGACCAACCAUGUCCAAAUGACGGGGUAGAUCACAGGAUGGGAUGGAUUUAGAAUACUAGCUAUUUGGUUGAUAUUAUGCUAUAAUUGAGCAGUUUGAGGUCUUUAUGUGGAACAAAGGCCAGUCACUGCUUCAUGAAGUGGUUAGGAUUUUUUUCGCUGAUGUCAGAAAAUUGUUUUAAUCAUAUAUCUUUUUUUAGUGUCAUUGUUAUAAGUUAAAUUUUGUAUGUGCAC